CAGAGAAGGGGCUUACGAGAGUUCCACAAAAGUUUUCGCUGAUCCACUUCACGAUGCGGUUCUGCGUAGCCGCGCUGAUCGCGCUCGCCUCGCUGGCGGCGGCGGCGGCCGACGCGCCGCACGACGCGCCGCCUGCGCAGGCGGAGACCGACGUAGAACUCACAGAAGAAGAGAAGAGAGCGUGGUCAAGUUUACACGGAGGCGGAGGAUGGGGCAAAAGGGGGUGGCAAGACAUGAGCUCGGCCUGGGGCAAACGUGGCUGGCAGGACUUAAACUCAGCGUGGGGAAAGCGAGGAUGGCAAGAUCUGAACUCAGCGUGGGGUAAAAGAGGAUGGCAAGACUUGAACUCGGCCUGGGGUAAAAGAGGAUGGCAAGACUUAAACUCAGCUUGGGGGAAAAGGGGAUGGCAGGACCUGAACACCGCAUGGGGCAAACGAGCAUGGAGGGAUUUAUAUCAGACUCCGUGGGGCAAGCGUGGCUGGCAAGACCUAAACUCCGCUUGGGGCAAACGGGGCUGGCAGGACAUGAGCUCGGCAUGGGGCAAACGGGGCUGGCAAGACAUGAGCUCAGCUUGGGGAAAACGUGCACCAGAGAAGUGGGCCAACUUCCACGGCUCGUGGGGCAAGCGCACCGCUCCGGAACCUGACUACGAGGACUACGAGGUUGCUUACGAGCACGCCAUGCCGAUGCAACAAGACGAAGCUGACAACUUACCCAUGGACAGUCCGGAGAAGAAAGCCUGGUCGGCCCUCCACGGCGCCUGGGGCAAGCGGCCCAACAAGCAGGUCCAACUAUACAACAACGCCUACUCUACAGGAGCGUACUACUGGAAGAGAGAGCCCGGCUGGACGAAUCUCAGAGGCAUGUGGGGCAAGAGGUCAGCGCCCCAUGACCUGCCACUUGACGAUGAGCACGACGUAGCUGCGGACGAGGCCUAGACUACUGGCAACUGUAAUGUAUGUACACGAAAUACUAGUCAUAUCCAAAUAUAUUCGUCUAAACAUACUUUCAUAUGUUUAAGUUUAGAUAUUGUUGACCCUUCAAUCUCCAUUUACGCGAUGGAGCUUUAUCAAUACAUUGGCGGCAUUAGUUCCUAAGUAUAAGAUUAUUUUAUAUACCAUAGAUAUUAUUCACUUCGUUAAUGUUUCUCAGUCGACCGUACAAAUAAAACUCUAAAACCAUGUCACCUUCUAGAGUAGUGCUACUAGGUCUUAUUUUAUCUGGCAUCGUCUAACCGACAGGAUCAAUAUAUAAAAACGUUGUUAUAUCUUUAAUAUCAAGAAGGGACAGUGAUAUUUGUGAAGUCACGGGCCUAAACCUUCAAUACUUUAACGUGGAAAAAGGACGGAGUACAUAAAGUCAGUAUACAACGGCUUUGGGCUUUACAUUGUAUUAUUUGUAUUCUUUUCAUAUGUUUAAGAUAAGCCGGAACUAGAAGCCUUGUUGAUGGCAUUAUUACAUUCCCUACUUUGUAGUUUUAUCCUUGACUGUCUUAUUGUACUCUAGUUAUUUUUCCUUAGCUAAGAUCAAAGUUACACAAAUCGCAGGUACCGUAGUAAGCGACGAUGAAACGCUCGAUCCUUAAGAUAUUGGUACCGUCUACCGCGAAAUAACCAAAGCAUAUUGUGGUAUAGCAAUGGUGCAUGAACUUAAUAUUUUUAUAUCAAUUACUUUACUUUACAACAAUUUAUUUGUAUCUAGGUUUUUGUGUUUUUUACUUUUAUAAAUGGAUAUGCUGUCCCUUUUGAAUUUCUUUAUAACCCAUAAAUCCGUACACUUAUCCUUUGGGGUCUCUAUCUAAUCAAAGAGAUGGUAUAAGCCUCGACUUUGUAGAGAGGAAAGAUUUCUGGUUUGUAUUUCUAAAUUA